UCACUCACACUGAGAGAGGAGGUGGUGAAGAAGAGAGAGAGAGUGUUAGGCAUGCAAGUGAGAUUCAAGGGAAGGAGUGACAGGCAAGAGGGAAAGAGAAGCCAGGUGCUUUUACUCAUCUUACCACUGAUACACUCCCCACACACACAGACACUGAAGGAACUACAUCCACAACCUUUACUAAAGCAGUGAGCUGAUACACGUGGGUGUGUGUGUGUGUGUGUGUGUGUGUGUGUGUGUGUGUGUGUGUGUGUGUGUGUGUGUGUUUGUGUGUGUGUGCGUUUCCCGCGCUCGGAGCGACAGAGGGGAUCUCUGAGGAUACACGAAUGAGAAAGAGGAGUGGGGGAGCCAAGGAAGAGGAGCCCGAGUGUGUUUCGCCCCAGGGGGAGCUCACACACACACACACCGUAGACAGCACGCACACUCCAGCGGGCACUCUGCACUGUUUCCCUGACAACUAGAAUGGGCUGCAAUUUGUGCACCUUGCAGAAACGGGAGGAACACUACAAACUGCUGUAUGAGAUUGCACAGGUGAACGGGCGCAACUUCUCCAAGGUUGACCAUGAGGAGGCAGUGGUGGAGGCCAUCAGGCGAGACCCCAUCGUUGUCCAGGUUCUCCGGCGAACCCCCACCAGAUCCACGGCCGCUGUUGCACAUAACUACAGCGGCGCGCCACAGAACGUGUCUGUGGUGGAUGUUUGCACGCAAACUGACAUUACCUUCGAGCAUAUUAUGGCACUGUCGAAGCUUCGGCCUGCUACUCCGCCCGUCCCCGACAUCUGUCCCUUUCUUUUGUCCGACAGUUGUCAUUCCAUCCACACCAUGGAGCAUGAGUUUUAUGAAUGUCCAGAGUACCUGUCCAAUAUCCCAGCAGAGGUGGAGAGGACUGAAGAAUAUGAGUAUGAGGAGGUGGAGCUGUGCAGACAGAACAGCCAGGAGAAGCUUGGCUUGACGCUGUGCUACAGGACCGACGAUGAGGAGGACACCAGCAUCUAUGUCAGCCAGGUAGAGCCGAACAGCAUAGCAGCAAGAGAUGGACGCAUCAAGGAAGGAGAUCGAAUUCUACAGAUAAAUGGCUGUGAAGUGCAAGACAGAGAGAAAGCCGUUGCCCUGUUGUCAAGUGAAGAAGCAAGGAGCAUCAUAUUACUGGUGACAAGACCAGAAAUCCAGCUGGAGGAGGAGGUAUGGCUGGAUGAUGAGCAACAGGAGCUUGUGGAGGAGCUGAAGAUGGAGAUCCUGGAGGAGAGGAGGAAACAGAAGGAACAUACAUUUGACAGAGGAGAUGAGCAUCUAGGUGAAGAAGAGAUAACAACAGACACAGCCACAUGUUCCUCCAACAAUCAAGACAAAGACAGUGGGUUUGGACGCAGUACAGACAGUCCAGAGCACCAACCACUGCUGGCUAGACUACACAGGAGGACCCCAGCCCACUGCAUGAGGGAGCGAUGGCGGGCAGAGCAUCCACACGCAAGACGGGGGACUGUAGGGCCACAGAACACCCAGAGUCCAAGGACAUUGUCCAAAGGCCAAGGCCAUGAAGGGGUAGUCAGUAUUCGCAAUGGUGGAGGCGGGAUCCUAGGUUUAGAGAAUCGGUUUGAGCAACUCCUUGAGCUCAAGUGUCAAAUCCGGAAUGGAGGCGAGUGUGGGGUGUACUCAAUUCGACACAGCAUAGAGUGUAGUCUCACUGAGCAUGGAGUGGAUGAAGAUGGCGUAGAUGGUGUUGGAGGAGAAAAUGGAGUGGAGCAGGAAUUGAGGAUGCUAAAUGAGGAACUGCGCAGCAUUGAGCUUGAGUGCCAGAGCAUCAUGCAGGCGCAUCAGCUCCGCCAGGCCCACCAGCUGGACCCCUCACAAUCCGCGUCCUGCUCGCCAGGACGGAGCCCCAAAGACGGACACAAGCGACAUGGCAGGUUGGCCGACAUCCACGAGUACCCGGAGCGGUCAGACAUCGACAGGAUCCGAGAGAAGGACAGCUCCAGUGCCUACAACACGGCGGAGAGUGCAAGGUCGACACCACUAGGGAUGGAAAGAUCUCCUGAUCAUUCUCUGCAGAGACACAUCAGCAUCACCAACCAGAAAAACCUCAGACUGGCUUCCUCCACACCAUCCAGCCCCAUCCCCAUCCCUAUCCCCAAGCCCCAGGGUACACCUAGUCAUAGCAGAACAGCAGACCCAGGCUCUGUUAUCUCCAGCAGCCCAGACCAGAGCAACCCUUCCCGGUCCGAAUCAGACCCUGCCCUGCCUGCAGACGAUGAGAGGUGUAAGAAGAAAGGGAGGACCAGAGAUUCUAGGAGGGGGCUUCCCUAUGGUUCUUAUCAGACAACCCCCUAUCAAGGCCAGGGAGGAUCCAGGCAACUGCAGAGCUACAUGCAGCUGCUACAACAGCACUCAUCCCUGGAAUAUUCCCAGAGCCAGCUGAGUCUGCUCAGUGUCUGUCGAGAUCCUGUGCACCGGAGCGGACGCCCUGGGGAACCCCGUCUAGAGUGGAAGGUCAAGGUUCGGGCUGACGGCACACGCUACGUUGCCCGGAGGCCUGCUCGUGACCGCAUCCUGAGGGAGCGGGCACUAAGGAUCAGAGAGGAGAGGAGCGGAGGCAUGACCACAGAUGACGACGCUAUGAGCGAGAUGAAGAUGGGCCGCUACUGGAGCAAAGAGGAGAGGAAGCAGCACUUGGCGCGGGCCAGGGAGCAAAGGAAGAGGAGGGAGUUCAUGCAAAAGAGCCGCCUCGAGUGUCUAAAGGAGGGGCCAGCUAGCGGAGCUGAGGGCAGGAAAGAGAUCAAUAUCUUGGAGCUCAGUCACAAAAAGAUGAUGAAGAAACGAAACAAAAAGAUCCUGGAUAACUGGAUGACCAUCCAGGAGCUGAUGAGCCAUGGGGCUAGAGUCCCGGAGGGCUCCAAAGUACAUAACGCCUUCCUAUCUGUCACAACUGUUUAGCGGACACAUACAAUACUGAACACUUUAAGAUCCGGUAGCCUGCAUUUCAGGAACUACUGCUAUAUGAAAAAAAUUAAAAAAUUUGUAAAAUUCAAAUAAAAA